CAACUUUGGCCGAAGAGUGUUUUUGGCAGCGAGCGGGGCAGCUAGUCUGGCUGUUCCAGUUGCUUCUCUUUUCAUGUGGAUUGUGUAACGCGGGAGCGGGAGGAGCCCCAGCUUCUCUGCCCUUAUCCAGCCUCGCCGGGUCAGGUUCUCUUCUUCACUGGGACCCGCGGCAGCGACGCGAUGAGUCAAGAGGAGCCGCGCGCCCCGCUGCAGAACUUUAACGGGCUGCCGGACGACUCGCCCCUGGUGAAAGCUGCCGUGUCCGAACUCCGGAGCAAAGCUGAGCAGGAGAAGCUGCAGCCCUGGCCCCUCGCCCUGUCCGACGCCUUCCUGGUCCGCUUCUUGCGAGCUCGAGACUUCGACCACGAUUUGGCGUGGAAGCUGUUGAAGAACUAUACCAAGUGCAGAACUGAAUGGCCAGAAUUAAAUGCAGAUCUACGACCUUAUUCUGUUGUCAACCUGCUGCAUGCUGGUUACCAUGGAGUUCUGAGAGAGAGAGAUCCAAGUGGCAGUAAAGUUAUCAUUUACAGAGUUGCUCGAUGGGAUCCAAAGCUGUUUACAGCAUUUGAAGUGUUCCGUGUGAGUCUCAUGACAUCUGAACUUAUUGUAAGAGAAAUAGACACACAGCGGAAUGGAGUCAAAGUUAUCUUUGAUCUAGAAGGAUGGAGAUUUGCUCAUGCAUUUCAGAUCUCUCCAACAGUGGCCAAGAGAAUAGCUGCUGUGAUCAUGGAUUCCUUUCCACUAAAAGUUCGUGGCAUUCACUUGAUUAAUGAGCCUUUGUUAUUCCACCCUGUCUUUGCUCUAAUUAAACCUAUCCUCUCUGAAAAAAUCAAGAAGCGGAUCCACAUGCAUGGGUAUAAUUAUACACAGAACCUUCAAGAACACUUUCCAGCCAGCAUUCUCCCAAAAGAAUAUGGUGGUAAGGCCAUCUCCAUGGAUCACCUUUCUCAACAAUGGACUGACUUCAUCAUGGAAUCUGAAAGUUAUCUUCAAAGUAUUUCUGUGGUUACAUAGUACAUUAACAAGCAGUAAAAUGUUUCUGGUGGAGCAUAGUUAUUAACCAAAGAGAAGGAGGAAGAAAAUAUAUAGUUCUAUGAAUUAUUGGACCUGGUCCAAAGCUCAUGGUGAUCUCCAGUAGAUUUAAAUGGGUCAGGUUUUAUAAAAGCUAGUGAACCACAUAACUGUGAGCAUAGUCUUGACUUAGACCAGGGCUGUACAACUUCUGCCCUCCAGCUGUUUUUGGAAUACAGCUCCCAUAAUCCCCAAGCACAGCGGCCAAUAGUAAGGGAUUGUGGGAGUUGUAGGCCAGUGUCUGCCAAAGGGCCGAAAUUGAGCAGCCCUGACUUAGACAAAUGUGAAAUUUCUUUUGGACCACUGUAAACAGAUAUGAUAGAAUGCUCUUCCUGGAGAAGAUGUAUCUCAUUUACUUCAUUCUUAUGUUUGAGGAAGAGUAUGAGUAUAUUUGCCAUUAAGCUAUGGGGAUUCUCCCCCCCCCCCGCCGGAAAGCACUGUUCUACUUCUAGCAGACAAACUAUUUUGUCUGUCAAAAUAUAACGCCUGUUUAUGCUGAAUCAAAGAGCCAUUUAGCCACCACUCUGUCUCCUACAGCAGUCAACUAAGGAAACUCACAAGUAUAGCAAGAGGGUAACAGCCAUCUAAUCUUGCUUGCUGUUAGCAACUGGUACUCAGAGGUUUGUUGACGAGUAUGGAGGCUGCAUUUAGCUCUUAUGGCUAAAAGCCAUUGAUAGCCCUAACUUGCAUGACAUUGCCAAGCUGAACUAGAGACCAUCUCCACCUCUUGUAGUAAUGAAUUCCAUAUAUUAAGUAUAUAUUGAAUGAAAUAGUAUUACUUUAUCUUAUCAGUUCUGAGCCUCUUGCCAUAAAUGAUGCUGCAUUUGGAAUACUGGAAUACUAUUUGGCAUACUGUGAAGAUAUCUGGUUAAUAUAUACUACUACUCACGCAAUCCUUUGCAUGUAUACUAGGGCUGUGCUUCAGUAAGCUGAAUAAUCUGCACCACCCUGGAACAGUGCAGAGGUGGCAACUCACAGCGUGCCCAUCUCAUGUGGUACUGCACACUUCCAUUGCAGGGGAGAGCUCCUUUACAGGAAGCAGAGCCUUGUCCUGUCUCCGUCAUGGCUGGGAUGGGAUGGUGUUCGGGAGCACAGCAGAAGGAAUGCUUAGAAAGGUAGUCCUUCCCUCCCCCAUAUAGCUCUAUGGAGAAAGGACUGGACAGGUCUACACUUCCUAAGGCUUCCUGUGCAUACCUGCCGCUGUACCCAGUGCACUGUCUCAGUCAACUCUGUGGCAGUGUGCCUCCUCUGCACAGUUGGCAAUGGUACAAGUUAUUUGACUUUGUCGUGCCAAAGCACAGCUUUAAUGUUUACAUGGAACUAAAUCUGUGAUCAUUUGGGCUAUUCCCAGGUAAGUGUGUACAGCAUUGCAGCCAUAGUUACUGUUUCAUGUUGCAAACUGCCAAGGGACAAACAAGUAGCUAAGUACUUUCAGAAACUGCAGAGUAUACCUUUCUUACAAUUUAGCUAGAAAAAUGUGUUUAUAAAAGCUAGCGAUUUUCUUAUACCUAUUAUUUGCUGUCAGAAGAUGAUCUGUACUUGAAAUGAUUCUCAGGAAUUUGAUUUUGAAUGUAUUUUGGAAUGUUAAUUGAUUCACAUGGGACAACUAUAUAGCAAUAUAGUACCACUAUAUAGCAAUAGUGGUACAAUUGUUACAGUUAGUAAUUAAUGCUGACAAGGGACACACUAGAACUUGAAAUAAAUGAAUCUGAAAUAAGUGAAUCUGAAAUAAUUCCCAGAAACUAUCCUAAUCAUUAAAGAUGAUGAUACUUUAUUCUCUAUAUACAGAUACUGGCCAACAUCCUAAUUAAUGCAGUGCAUGCAUAGUAAAAGAAGUGGACAUGCACAAUAAAAGAAGUAUAUGUGCACCUGUUGCAUUCUAAAGCAGCACAGAUACUUGUUGGUUGGGAGUGGAGAUAUUCAUUGCUUUCAACCUCCCUCUGAAGCACUUUGUGCCACCCAAUAUGUCCCUGAUGGUUAUGUGACCUUCAGGGACAUAUUUUUGGGUGGCACAGAGUGCUUCAGAGAUUGCACACAAGCUGCACUAAUCAGGAUGUUGGCCACUCUUUUGAGACAAUCAAUACAAUGUUAGUCUGUAAUUCAGAACUACUUAUUCCAGAAUAGCCCUAGGAUAGCUCAAUAAAUGGCUUUAAGCCAAUACUUCUGAAUUAUUCUCACACACUUUGUAGACUGUAAUACUUAUAGCAGAAAGCACUUUAAUAAGAUAAUAAGAUAAUUUUGAGAAUUGCUGCACCUGCACCUAAGAGAUCAGGUAGAGUGUAAGAUUUUAUUACAUCAAAAUUCCCUUCUCCCAAUAGGAAAGAGGAUUCAGAAUUCUAGGUUCCUUUUCUUGUUUUUGGAUGUUAAAUGACAAUUGGAGAUCCAAGACACAAACAAAUAAUUAAAAUCAAAGAUUGAUUCUCACCCAGCAUAGGCAGCAGUUUUAGGAGCAGCAGCUUGUGGUUACAGGUGCAACAGAGGUACAAAACAAACAAACAAAACCCCACCCCAGACUCAGAUCAUCAAAGGACAAAAGCUAACUCAUUCAAAGUGAAAGUCUUGGUUUUUCUUCUUCUUCCUCUCCUUCUUCCUCUCCUUCCCUCUCUCUGCCUUGACUCCCUGUGUAUUCAUUUUUAAAAAUAGUUUUCUUCCUCUCUCACCUAUGGCCCACUUGCUUUAAUCCUUGUUUUUCCAAAUAAUCAUUGGUCAAUACUUCUGACAUAUAGCGAUGAAUGUUGGUCAAUGACCAUCAUGCUGCCAAUUGAUGUAAAUGAACCUUAAUAUUUUCCCAUAAAAGCUCACCUUGGAGAGAGAGGUAAUUUUUUCAGUUGGCACAUCAAAAGAUGUUCUGUACCUUGAACUUUAAAGGGGCACAUAAUGCAGAUAGCAUAUCCUGUGCCUUUUUUCCCUGUUUUCUCUCUUUGUAUCUAGGUUCAACCCAUGCAACAGAGAGCCCAAAAAGACAUCUAAGCUCCUUGACAGUUGAAAAAAAUGACAAAGCAUUUUUUUUUUACUUUGUAGGCCUGAGAAGCCUGAAUUUUCCUGGUCAAUUUGGCCAUAGAAAAUAAGCAGAAGACAGACACCAGCAACAGCCACUGGAGGGAUGCUGUGUUGGGGCUGGAUAGAGCCAGUUGCUCUCCCCCUGCUCCAUAAAGAGAAUCACCACUUUAAAAAGGUGCCUCUUUGCUCAGUUAGCAGGGAUUAUUCUGAUGCACCAGUACAGAUGUUUGGGAUCAGGGCAGAAGACAGAAGAUAUUUGGAACUACUAUGCAGUGAGUGAGUGUAGGAUUUAGCAUUAGUUCAUACUAGUAAAUAUGUUUAGCAGAAGUUUAUACUGAAGAGCUGAGAAGAACUGAGCUACUUUAGGGGCUUGUGAAAUAUGUAUAAAUGUAAGAAAUUUUCUCAAGCAUAUGAAGCUAGUUUAUUCUGAGUUAAUCCACUAGUCCAUGCAGCUCAAUUCAGUCUGCUGGAACAGCCGGAAGAUCUCUGGAAUCUCAAGAACAAGCUUUCCCCAGUCCUGCUUCCUGAUAUCCUUUGAAGUGUACUGGGGAAAGCCUCUUCUUGAGAUCCCAGAGCAUGUGCUCUUCCACUGUACUUUUCCUUUUCCUGGAGUAUAGCCUUGAACCCAGGACCCUUCACAUUAAUUUUUCUAGACCAACAAGCUGGCCCAAAGAAACAGCCGCUGUUUUUCCUUGGGCAACUUUUUCCAAAAAGGUUUUUGUAAAUAGAUUUUCAAUAAACUAUCAUUCAGCCAAUCUAUGAUGACAGUAAAUACAACCACCUUAGGGCUGGUUCACACAUGAUAACCUUUUAAGGAGCGAAUACCACGGAAUCAAAUGCCAUUUGCCUGUAUUAGCCUCUGGGUGAAAGGGGCAGGUUCCCUUCGCUGCUGGUCAAUACAGGUCCCAGAAACUGAGCACUCUUAGUGCCUGCUGCACCCUUCCUGUGGCCUGCAAGGAAAAAUUACUGCUGCAACUGACUCCGCAAUGUCUUAUACAAGGUCAUUGGUGCAGCUUCAUCAUGCUCUGCUGCCCAGUCUGCAAGACUGUUACAAACAUACGGGUACAAUGGACCAGUGCUGAUGGUGGCUGUAAUACCUCUAGGAUUCUGAGCCACUAAGCCUCUUCACAUCCCCUUCAUGUUAGAUUCCUUUCCAGUCUUUCACUCCACAUGGUUUGUUUUUUUAAAACUAUUCUUUAUUUUCCAUUUAAAACACACAAAACAAUAAUAUAAACAAUGCUUCACCUAAAACUAGAAAACAAAAUACAAACAAAAUUAAGCACUAUUACUGUCAAUAAGGGCAUAGAAAAUAUCCAUAUCAUUUUCUGAGCAGUUAAAAUGGUAGAUUCUUCUUCAAAAUACCGGCACAAUAUCUAUAGCACACUGUUGGAGAGGAAGGGUGCCUUUUGUAGGGUUUGUUGGUUUGUUUUUUAAAUACAGGAAACAUGCAAGAUCCAGACUAAGCUAAUCAUGGCUAAGACCCAUGGAGCCAAAUUGGAUUUCGUCAUGACUCACGCGUCAUUUAUUUCAAUAGUGCUUAGUCAUGACUAACUUAGUCUCUGGAACCUCUCCACUGUAUCCCUGCUGCAAGGCUUACCUCCAGCUGUCAUGUGUGUGUAGCGGAGCAGCUACUGACUGGACUGGGACUGGUGGCACAUAGCACAAUUAAAAAAGAGAAUGGGUUCUUUUUUUUUUCUUUUUUCAAUCUUUGCUUUGUCAUCUAGUUACAGCCAAGUCUUAUGUACUCAGCAACAAGAUAUGGUGGCUGACAUUCUCCGCAACGCUUGAAAUGGGAGUAGUCCUGUGGAGAUUAAAACUGACUGGAGCUUAAUUGUGCUCCAGUCUUUUCCCACAACUCCAGUGGCGGUGGGGGUGGUUCUCGGGAGAUUUUCCCUGCGGCUUUUCCCUGCAGCCCUCAGGGAAAGAUUCCUAAAAAUAAAGUUAUAUCUGGAGGGAGGGGAGAGAAGCAAAACCCACACACACACCCAUUCCAUGGGGAAAGACUAGAGUGCAGCCUGGAGCAGUUUAUUUCUCCAAAGGGCUACCUGCAUCUCCACAGGGCUUCUUCUGUUUUAGUAGACCUGCAGAGUUUAUGCAAAAUCUUUAAGCACAAGCACUUUAUGGAAUUUAACACAAUAAUAGAAUGGUUCUCUCAGCUAAAUGUAGUUGACUUAGGAGAUUAUUUCUAUCAAACACUGUGGCUUUUAAAUAGAAGAUAGAUAAUAUUCUCGACUUCUGUUCAAAAUACAUUUGCUUAUGUUUUGAUAUAGCAUCAAAAUUCACCCAAAUUCAUCUGAGUUUCUUAACUAGAUACUUUUAUUUUUAGAAUAAAGGUUGAAUCCCUAUAUGAAUUACCAGCAAUGGUAGUUCUGAAAAGUCUUCAGAAAGAGACAUUUCCAUCAAUAUAAGCUAGUUUAUCCAAAAAAGAGUGGAACUAUAUCUGUAAGCCAAAGGACUUUAUACUUUAUUUUUCCUCUUUUGCAAAGAGUUUGUAAUAUAGAGGGUCUGCUGUUCACAAACAUUUAAUUGGGCUAGUACAAGUCUUUGUCAACCCCAAAUAACAUGUUUGGAUCUCAGUUGAAAGAUAUAAUCCAGAAAAUAGACAUUGGAAAAUAUAAUUCAAUAAUAAAUAAGCUGACUCACAUAUCAUCAAAAACAUAAUGAAGUGUAUAUUAUAAGAAGCAGUAUAUUAUAAAAAUAAAAUAGUGAAUAUGGGCAACAAUCAUUCUGAUAUUUAUCAUUCCAAAAUAUUAAAAGAGGCCAUUCCUGUUUAAAUUAUUAACUAUAUAAUUUUGGGGUUUUUUAAGGUAAUGAGUAUGUUUAGUCAUAACCGCCACAUCUCAAAUUCCAUAAAAUCAACCUCCCAAAGGGCCAGAAAUCCUCCCCCCCACCGGAGACAAUUAACAUUUGGGUAAUGGUUAAUUACUAUUUUAUUUCACAUAAUUCGACGUAUUUCACAUAAUUCAAUAAUAGACAUAGAGCAACGUCACACAUAAUGCAGCAGCCAUGGUUGACUUGAACUUCCAUAGCCUAGAAGCAUGCAGGAGCCCUACAUCCUAUCUUAGAAACAAUACGCAUGAACUCACCAAAGUUGGCAUAUCCUGUCCUACUUGCAGGACAGCACUUGACAUCUGUCCCACAUUUCAAAUCUCAGUUAGAGAUGUCAGGUUCCAUCCCACAUGUAGGACAAGAUAUGCCAACAUUGGUGGGUUCAUACAACAUGCUUAGUCUUGGCAUAUUGUUGCCGAGACUGGAUGUAGGGCUCCCGCACACUCCUGGGGCUGCGGCAGCUUGCAGCAACUUUAGCUGCCAUGUUACAUGUGAAGCCACCGAUAGUGGAACUUCUGCAAUUUCUAUAUCCUGUAAUUUGCUCUGCAUAAUGGAGCACCAGCUUCCAAAAGCCCUUUGAUUUUAAUAUGCCUCUCUGUACUGAUGGCUAUAUUCUUGUAUUUUGUACUUGGUACUAUUUUCUUUACCACCUUAAGUGGUGCAGCGGGGAAAUGCUUGACUAACAAGCAGAAGGUUGAUGGUUCAAAUCCCCACUGGUACUAUAUCAGGCAGCAGCGAUAUAAGAAGAUGUUGAAAGGCAUCAUCUCAGACUGCACAGGAGGAGGCAAUGGUAAACCCUUCCUGUAUUCUACAAAAAAAGAACCAUAGGGAUCUGUAGGCGCCAGGAAUCGAAAUCGACUUGACAGCACACUUUACCUUUACCGUACUAUUUUCUUUACCCAGUUAUAUACUUCAAUUUUCAAGCUACUUUUACCUGUGACAAACUAAAGGGUAGCUGCGUUAAGUUUGUUGUAGUAAAAUCAUCAGUUUUUUGAAACCUUAAAAGUUUAAGAAAUUUAUUAUAGUGUAAACUUUCAUGAACCAGAGUACACUUUGUCAGACACAUUAAAUGAUCAACUUCUUAACUGUGAAGUUAUGCGAGGUGUAUAUACCCAGAAUAAGCAGGGAAGGAAGGGGAAAGUGUUCUGUUUUGUUUACAAAGUGAGGUGAAAAGGUCAACAGUGCGGUGACUGGUGACUUCGUAGUAUGUGUGCCACUGCACUGGGUGGGGCACAAAUGAAUGCAGAAUUCAAUUUAAUAAAUCCAUGCCAAUCAGCAUGGGUGUGAUCUGCUCCCAACCAGACCUGUUGCUGAACAGGCAUAACAAGAGCAAAUAGUCUGUGUAAACACCCCAAGAGGAAUGAUUACUUUAUGUAGUGAGUUAGCCAUUCCCAUAAUUGGUUGAAUCUAAAUUCUAAUCUACAGUGUCAGUAAGGCAAUUCUGUAGCAGACUUUAAAGUUGCCAUGCUACUAGAGAGAGAGAUUGAUUCAAACAAACUCCAGUGUAGCCAAUCUGGAAUUCAUUGACACUUUGAAACUGGAAUUUGCCUUUUGGACUCGCUUUGGUUUUUUUGAAAGGGUUGGGGACCAAUCCCCCCCCCCAACUUUCUCUACUUGCAGUAUGUAUGUCUGCCUGUCAACAAGUAAUUGGUGAAGUGGGUUCAGGCCUAUGAAAGCUUAUGCCACAAUACAUUUAUCAGUCUCUAAGAUGCCACAAAGCCAUCUAAUGGCACAGCAGGGAAAUGACUUCAUUAGCAAGCCAGAGGUUGCUGUUUCGAAUCCCUGCUGGUAUGUUUCCCAGACCAUGGGAAACACCUAUAUGGGGCAGCAGCAAUAUAGGAAGAUGCUGAAAGGCUUCAUCUCAUACCGCGCGGAAUAUGGCAAUGGUAAACCCCUCCUGUAUUCUGCCAAAGACAACCACAGGGCUCUGUGGUCGUCAGGUGUCGACACCAACUUGACAGCACACUUUAAGAUGCCACAAAACACUUGAUUGUUUUCUCUCCCACUCCCCAAGGGCUGUAUUUGUUUAUUCAUUCAGUUGGUUUUCUUUGGGGGGAAAAGGGCUUUUAGCUUGUGCAAUGCCAAUUUUUAUUGUAGCUGUUUACAUAAUAGGUGUUAUUGACAUACAGUUGUUGUAAACUCAAAUGUGUCAUUUCUAAACAUGAACAAUUUUGCAAAUGCUUAACAGAUACUGAAGUGCAAGAUUAAUUUUAUUAAUGGAAAAUAUAUUUAGUUUUCAGAUGUUUACUGGCAUGUCGGUAAUAUGACAACAAUAGAGCAGGAGAUAAUUAAACAGAUGUAAUUUAGAAGUGAAAAAGAAACUGUAAGCAUAUAUUGUUUCUUUGUAAUUACACCGUGUGCCUUGUUUGCCACCAAAUAUGGACAUCUUGUCUUAUAUAAGGUAAACCAUCUUAUUUUACUAAAUUUUAUACAUUUGAAUAUUCAAAUAAAAUUAAUAUUUUAAAUGAA